CACUCUUCUUCUUCCUCCCCAUCAACUCGGAUUUGCGGUAUCAACAAUUCCGGCGGCAUAAACAAUAAAGAUCCCAACUGAACCGCCUGAAUCGAAAGUACGACUACAAUAAGCUCCAAGUAGGAGUAGUAGGGAGGUUAAUCUACUAUAGUCACCGAUUGUGUACAGUAAUUUUCAAAAGUGCUGUUUUAUCAGUACGAUAAGGCGCAAAGUGGGCUCGAUCGGGACGCAAUGUUUUAGAAGCAGUGUGUUGCAUGUGAACAGUGUUUAAGAGGAUUUAAAAGCAUCAAACAGGCUGAAUGAUGGAGUUUUCGGUACUUACCCUCCUCCUGCUGGCCGUUGGCGCGCUUACCAUCCUGUUCUUCUUCCUGGAUCUGAUCUGGAGUCUGCUGCAGGUGGCCAGGGCCGUGCUCGCCCCAUUGUUUCUACCCAACGAAGAGAACGCGUUGGCUCGCAAAUACGGGGCAUGGGCAUUAAUUACUGGUUCAACUGACGGUAUUGGAAAAGCCUACGCAUUCGAGCUGGCUAAAAGAGGAGUGAACGUGAUCCUGGUGAGCCGAAGCCUGGAAAAGCUGAGCCGAACUCAAAAGGAAAUCGAAAGUCUUCAUCACGUGAAGACCAAGAUUAUCCAAGCGGAUUUCUCCUUGGGCAAAAAGGCCGUGGAUGCGGUCAAAGAGGCGGUAGGAACCGUGCAUGUGGGAAUUCUCGUCAACAAUGUGGGAAAACAGUACGAAUACCCGAUGUAUCUGGGCGAAGUGCCCGAAGAAGAGCUCUGGGACAUAAUCAAAAUAAAUGUUGGCGCAGUCACACUCAUGUGCCGCGCCUUUAUAGAAGACAUGGCAAAGAUGGGCAGAGGUGCCAUCGUGAACAUUUCAUCUGGUUCUGAGCUGCAGCCUCUGCCUCUGAUGAACGUCUAUGCCGCCUCCAAGACCUACAUCAAGAACUUCACACAGGCGCUGCGCUACGAAUACGGCGAUCGGGGAAUAACCGUGCAACACUUGGCGCCGAUGUUUGUGGCCACAAAAAUGAACCAUUUCAGCGAGAAAAUCUACCAAAAAAGCCUUUUUGUGCCAGAUCCGGAAACGUAUUCCAGAUAUGCUGUAUCCGUGCUGGGUAAGCUAGACGAGUCGAGUGGAUAUUGGGCGCAUGGGAUCCAGACAUUCUUCACCACGCUUCCCCCAGUCUGGAUCAGGAUGUACAUUGGAGGGUACAUGAACAAGAUAUUCAGACAAGACUACCUGAAAUCGGAAGCCCUUCGAGCCACGCAAAUACACGUGAAGAACUAACGUCCAUUCGGUGUUAAGUUAAGACCGCAAGUACAAAUCCUGAAACCUGGAGGAGACCAAUGAUUGCCCCAUAGUUUAGGAACGCUCUGUAUUGUCAUAAUAAAUAGUUGAAAACCCGAA